AUGAACCAGGGGGAAUGGGGGCUGCUGCCUGCCUGCCUUCCUUCUGCUGCGGAGGGAGAACUGGCCCUUGAAAUGAGCGUCAUGGUCCAAAACCCUAUGGUAGAUUGUGGGAGGGAGGCUGAGUGUAGGUACAGUUGACUGUGGAACUGUGAGUCAUGACUAGAACAACAUGGCUACCUGUAUCUGUGACCCUUCAACCCUGAAUCUAGUCUUGUCUUUGUCACCAGGGGACGGGACGCUGAGAGUGUGGGACGUGAAGACCGGGAGGUGCAGGCUGGCUAUCCCAGCCCACAAGGCAGAGAUCCUCAGCUGUGACUGGUGCAAAUACGAUCAGGUACCGUGGUACUUUACUGCAGUACAGCCCCCAACUGUUAAAACCUCAGCCCAAAACAUUUAAUUUGACGCUUGGAAGCAGGAGUUUAUGAAGUGGACCUAAAGACAUUUAGGUUUAAAAUGCCAACGCUUCAAUCCAUUAAUAAAACCCAUCCUGGGAUUGAGAACAGAGAUACUGUACAAUCACCUCUGCCACAUCCUAGCCUCACUGUCAUUGUUAUUAUUGAUAUUGCAUAUUUAUAUGUGAAAAGACCUCUAUAGGUUGAAAAAGGUCUUGUUUCAGCAUUUCUUGCCAUAAAGAUUAAUAUUUAUUUCCCCUAAUCAUAAUUAUUGUUGAUAAAUGCCUGUGUUAGUACAGUAUGUACCUUUGGGGCUCCCGAGUGGCGCAACGGUCUAAGGCACUGCAUCUCAGUGUUUGAGGCGUCACUACAGACCCCCUGGUUCGAUUCCAGGCUGUAUCACAACCAGCCGUGAUUGGGAGUCCCAUAGGGCGGCGCACAAUUGGCCCAGCGUCGUCCGGGUUUGGCCGGUGUAGGCCUUCAUUGUAAAUAAGAAUUUGUUCUUAACUGACUUGCCUAGUUAAAUAAAUAAAUAUAUAUAUAUAUUUUUUUUUUUUAUGUACCUUUGGGGGAAAGAAAUGACACUGUCUGGGCUGUCCUCAGAAUGUGAUAGUAACUGGAGCAGUGGACUGUAGCCUGUGUGUGUGGGACCUACGGAAUGUCCGGCAGCCUCUGUCACAUCUACUAGGCCAUUCCUACGCCAUACGAAGAGUAAAGGUAAUGUAGCAUCCCUUCUCACCCAUACACCAUCCUAGGGCUGGGCAGUAAACCAUAUGUUACUAUAUAACGGUAUUGAUGCACGGACCGGUUUGGAUUUUAACUUUACCUUACAUAACGGUAUUUCAAUAUUUGGUUUGUUAGUUUCAAGUUUUAAUGUCACAUGCACAAGUACAGUGAAAUGCCUUUCUUGCAAACUCAAUACCCAACAAUGUGAUAAUCAAAUCAAUGUAUUACUAGAACAAAAACACGAGAAAUAUGAAAUACACAAUAAAGUUAGUAAGUAAGUAAGCAUACUAUAUACAGGAAAUGUUGAAAAAGUCAGAUCCAAUACCAUAUUUACAUGUGCAGGGAUACUGGAGUGAUGGAGGUAGAUAUGUAGAGGUAAGGGGACUAGGCAGCAGGAUAUAAGAUAAACAGAGUAGCAGCAGCUUGUACGUGAGUGGGUGUGUAGAGUCAGUAUAAAUGUAUGUGCAUGUUAUGUGUGAGUGAGUGUUUGUGUGUGUGUAGGGCCCUGUCAGUGUGCAUAGAGACAGUGCAAAGAUUGAAAUAAAAGGUAAAUAAAGAUACAAGGUAAACUCAGAAAGUCCGUGUAGCUAUUUAUCAGUCGUAUUGCUUGGAUAUAGAAGCUGUUCAAGAGCCUGUUGGUGUCGGACUUGAUGCACCGGUACCUCUUGCCGUGCGGCAGCAGAGAAAAUAGUCUAUGGCUUGAGUGGUUGGGUUCUUUGACGAUUUUCCAGGCCUUCUUUUCACACCGCCUGAUAUAGAGGUCCUGGAUGGCAGGGAGCUUGGCCUCAGUGAUGUACUGGGCUGUCCGCACCACCCUCUGUAGCGCCAUGCGAUCGAGGGUGGUGCUAUUGCCAUACCAAGCAGUGAUGCGGCCAGUCAAUAUGAUUUGAGGGCCCAUACUAAACUUUUUCAACCUCCUGAGGGGGAAAAGGAACUGUUGCACCUUCUUCACGUGCGUGUAUGUUUGGACCAUUUUAAGUCUUUAGUGAUUUGGACACCGAGGAACUUGGUGCUGUUAAAUGUAUGAAUGUAAUAACUGAGUGAUGAAACUCGAAAAAUGAUGCCAAUUGUCCGUUCUGUCAGUAAGAGACUGCUAACCGAAUGUGCGCAUAAUGCACUUUUUUGCCAUGAUUCUUGCCUGUGAUGCAGUGCUGGUGCCAAAAGAAUUGUGGUGAAAGUAAGAACUGCCAUUGAAUCCAUUGAAAAUACUUGGUCAUAGACGGGUUGUUUGUUUAGCAACAAAACCGACGCGUUGUCACGAUCGUCUAACAGAGAUGAGGACCAAGGCGCAGCGUUGCAGGCAAACAUACUCUUUAUUAGAGACACGAUCAAAAACAACAAAACGAUAACGUGACAGUUCACGGUCUAACACAACAGACUAGAAACAAGAUCCCACAAACUCUGUGGGGAAACAGGCUGCUAAAGUAUGGUUCUCAAUCAGAGACAACAAGCAACAGCUGAAUCACGUUGCCUCUGAUUGAGAACCACACUGGCCAACAUAGAACAACAAUACUAGAAUGUGAAACCUAGAACAAAACACAGACUUUACACACCCUGGCUCAACAUAUUAGAGUCCCCAGAGCCAGGGCGUGACAGUACCCCCCCCCUAAAGGCGCGGACUCCGACCGCGCCCACCAAAUACCACAGGGGAGGGACCGGGUGGGCACUCCGCUUAGGCGGCGGAUCCGGCUCCGGGCCUGAUCCCCGCUCCCUCUCCAACCCCCCAAAGUACCCCUGGUCCGGUCUGGCCCCGCUGGCCGGAGCUGGACUGCACACUGGUGGAGCGGAUUGCUCUAGCUCCGGCGUGAAGCAUCUGACCGGUGCCGGACCAGCCACCGGUGGAACAGGCACGGGCCGUGCCGGACUGACGACGCACACCACUGGCUUGGUGUGGGGAGCAGGAGCGGGCCGAGCCGGGCUGACGAAACGCACCACUGACUUGGUGCGGGGAGCAGGAGCGGGCCGGACCGGGCUGACGAAGCGCACCACUGACUUGGUGCGGGGAGCAGGAACGGGCCGUGCCGGGCUGACGAAGCGCACCACUGACUUGGUGCGGGGAGCAGGAACGGGCCGAGCUGGGCUGACGAAACGCACCACUGACUUGGUGCGGGGAGCAGGAAUGGGCCGGACCGGGCUGACGACGCGCACCACUGACUUAUUGCGGGGAGCAGGAACAGGCCAGACAGGGCUGACGAAACGCACCACUGACUUGGUGCGGGGAGCAGGAAUGGGCCGGACUGGGCUGGCGACGCGCACCACAGACUUGGUGCGGGGAGCAGGAACAGGCCGGGCCGAGCUGGCGACGCGCACCGUAGACUUGGUGCGAGUGGCAGGAACAGGCCGGACCGUACUGGGAACACACACCACUGGCCCUACGUGGGGAUCAGGAACAGGCCGGACCUGACUGGCAACACACGCCAGUACCUCUCGCCGUGCCUCUACAUCCUCCUUCCCCCUGGUGACCAGUGACUCCCGUAACCUGGCGGCCUCCUGCUGCCCCGUCGUCCACGGCGUUAGCCCCCCCCUAAAAAAAUUAUGGGCUUCACUCCUACCCGUGGACCAGGUCUCCAUGCUUCUCGCCAGCCUUUCGCCCUUCUGCCUCCACGUCAAGCCCCUCUCUUCCUCACCCGGCUUGACCCAGUCGAGGAGGCGCUGGAUAUCCGCUAGGGAUUUCCCUGGCGAUGGCUCCUCGACCCGCUGCUUGGUCCAGUUCUGGUGGGAUCUUCUGUCACGAUCGUCUAACAGAGAUGAGGACCAAGGCGCAGCGUUGCAGGCAAACAUACUCUUUAUUAGAGACACGAUCAAAAACAACAAAACGAUAACGUGACAGUUCACGGUCUAACACAACAGACUAGAAACAAGAUCCCACAAACUCUGUGGGGAAACAGGCUGCUAAAGUAUGGGUCUCAAUCAGAGACAACAAGCAACAGCUGAAUCACGUUGCCUCUGAUUGAGAACCACACUGGCCAACAUAGAACAACAAUACUAGAAUGUGAAACCUAGAACAAAACACAUAGACUUUACACACCCUGGCUCAACAUAUUAGAGUCCCCAGAGCCAGGGCGUGACACGCGUGUGCGACUAGGGGGCAAAACAGACAGGGUUGGCUUAGAUUGUUGACAAAAUGUAAACUUUAUUUUGUUUCCGAAUGUUUAUUGAAAACAUAAAUACAUUUGCACAAUGAGCACUUGUUGUCUCUCAAAUACAUUGUUACAGUUGUUGGUUAGCUAGCUAGCAAAGUUGAGCCAUAUUAACAUUGACAUGAAAUCAGUCAAAACACCUCAAAACAAGACAUGGUAUCAAGAACAAGAUAAAACUUGCUGAAACGAGCCACCUACGAUUCCCCGCAUGGCAGCUUCGUCAUCGUUGCUAGCUUAUGAUUCAGAAUCAUAACAAAGCACGGCUUCCAUCCCCAUUGAUGCGUGCGCAUAAUUUCCGUGACAUUGUCAGACAACUCAUCUAUAGAGGAGAAUAAUUAUUCUGAUAAAGGAAAAGGGACUUUUUCACAAAAUAGAUGCAUACAAAGACAAAACAAAUGUGGUACAGUGUGGAAAUGAUAACACAUGAGUGAAGGAAAUGCAGAAAUAGAUGAAAAUGCAAAAAAAAGUAUUUGUGUUUGAAGUUUGAUUAAACAUUGUAAAACAAUCAGAAGAGAGAAAGCCCUGUUUAAAACCACUUAGAAUGUAUUUGUUGCCACCCCAGGAUCAUGCACUACUCAUGAAGCAUAUUUAGAACACAUAAAAUACUUUCAUACCGUCAAAAAUGAGAAAGAUAUCAUGAUAUUAUAUUCUGUCAUAUCGUCCAGCCCUACACCAUCCUCUCAGUUCCAAGAAAAGGCUUUUCCACUGUGUUAAAUUAUGUUAGCGAAUUGCCAGCUGUUGGAAGCAGGAAACAGCUCAGCAAUACUCGACAGCACCCCCUCCCUCUUUUUUUCACCUGUCUGCCUAGCAACCUGUUCUGGAAAGAUGGUUCUGGUGUGAUCAAAGCACUCAGCUGAAUGGAGUUAACAAGCGCAGUACAGUACGGUCUGAUGGGAUCCUAGGCAGCUUUGCAGUACACUGGGCCAGCUCACAGGCCCUGCUGUGGUGACAGCUAUAGAUUCUCCCCUCCAAGAUUUGUUUAAUGGAUUUUGAGAGAAAGGUGGUGGGUUGGAUGGGUCGGUCGACGGGCCCUAGCUACCGUGUCCAUCUAACAACCACCAAUUAGUCCGAUUAAACAGAAUUGACUUUACUCUGCCCCCCGACAGAUGGACCAGCAAGUGUCUAGACCUCAUCGGCCCUCAUCACAUGAUCCAUGUGAUUCUCACUCCUCUUAACAAUGGGGAAUCACCCUGCCACACACUUGAACAUCACAUAAUCAGCUAGAGCUAGCUACAACACUAUCAGUUGGAAGUCAGGUGUUUUCAGGACAGCUUUUUAGCAGGCGUGGGUAAUCAAUAGAUGCAGGGUGUUCAUAGGGGACCUUAUCUUGAGGUUUCCAGUGUGUUUGUAAACCUGCCAUCAGGUAUAGAUUUUCUUAAGGCAGCAAGUCUAUAUGAUGUUACAAAUAUAGCAUAUCAGCAAGUCUGGGAGGACACUGAAAAGAGUGCUCAAAGUAAAUGAAAAAGUGCUUGGCAAAUCCCUUGUGCUUACAUCAUGGAAAGAUAAUAUACUGUAGAUACAAGCAGAUAUUUGAUUACUUUCAUUUAACUACAUCAAAGCCCAAACUGAAAGAUGUGUAAAGGUAAAAGUGUUUAGUCAUGGUUGUGUGUGUGCCAGCCAAUUUCCCCCUCACUAGGGUGACCACAUGUCCCGGAUUGUGCGGGACAGUCCCGCAUUUUGGCCCUUUUUCACCCAACCAAACCAGACUCCCCAUUAAUUUGAUGAGAAUUGGCUUUCCAACCUAUUUCUUUCGCAGUCACGUUGCGUUUAUGACAAGAUAUAUACUCAGUUUAUUAGGUACACCUAUCUAGUACCGGGUUGGACCCCCCUUUGCCUCCAGAACAGCCUGAAUUCUUCAGGGCAUGGAAACAUUGCUCAAUUGGUAUCAAGGGACCUAACAUGUGCCAGGAAAGAUUCCCCACACCAUUACACCACUGCCACCAGCCUUUACCGUUGACACCAGGCAUGAUGGGGCCAUGGACUCAUGCUGCUUACGCCAAAUCCUGACUCUGCCAUCAGCAUGACGCAACAGGAACCGGGAUUUGUCGGACCAGGCAAUGUUUUUCCACUCCUCAAUUGUCCAGUGUUGGUGAUUGCGUGCCCACUGGAGCCGCUUCUUCUUGUUUUUAGCUGAUAGCAGUGGAACCCGGUGUGGUCGUCUGCUGCAAUAGCCCAUCCGUGACAAGGACCGACGAGUUGUGCGUUCUGAGAUGCGGUUCUGCACACCACUGUUGUACUGCGCUGUUAUUUUUUCUGUUUGUGGCCCGCCUGUUAGCUUGCACGAUUCUUGCCAUUCUCCUUCGACCUCUCAUCAACAAGCUGUUUUCGCCCACAGGACUGCCGCUGACUGGAUGUUUUUUGUUUGUCGCACCAUUCUCAGUAAACCGGCCGUUUCUGAGAUACUGGAAACGGCACGCCUGGCACCGACGAUCAUUCCACACUCAAAGUCGCUUAGCUCACUCGUUUUGCCAUUUCUAACAUUCAAUCGAACAGUAACUGAAUGCCUCGAUGCCUGUCUCCCUGCUUUAUAUAGCAAGCCACGGCCACGUGACUCACUGUCUGUAGGAACAAACCAUUGUCGUGAACAGGGUGAUGUACGUAAUAAACUGGCAACUGAGUGUAUAUCAUAAGGAUGUGGUACUGGUGAUGUUAAACACUUCUCCAAUCGUUGUUGAUAUUUUGCGCAGCGCAAGACGAGACGUAGGCCAAUGUCAUAUCGUCAGCCAAUCACAUUUGUCAAAUCCUUUCGGGCUACAUUUCAGCUAAACUUGGAGAGGACAGUUAACUACUUACAAAAAGCAUGCUUGUAACGAAGAGCUAACAAAAUAAGUAAAUAGCCAUAUUAGACUGAAAUAUAUAAGGUAAUUUAGCUAUUCAACAUAUUUGCUGCCACUUAAUCCUGUUUUAAAAGUCCCUUCCUGAUUGUUUUACAUUCCCUGAGACCAACCAGAAAUGUUUCCUUGGCCAAAUAUUCCCAGAUUUUCAUAAAACAGCCACACGUGAUCUCUCGUUUCUGCAUCACCAAAUUUUGUGCGAGGCAGAAGAGCAGGCUAAGUGUGCUUCAAUCAGGUUGCUCAAUGCAGCGGGAGAGGGAUUUUUGUUUGUGUGUGUUUAUUCAUGUAGGCUACACUGUCCGGCAAAUGUCCCGCAAAAUCAUCCAGUUGUCCCGCAUGAUUGUUUAUUUAUUUAUUUAUUUAUUUAUCCCCUUUUCUUCUCCCCAAUUUCAUCAUAUCCAAUUACGAUCUUGUCUCAUCGCUGCAACUCCCCAACGGGCUCAGGAGAGGCGAAGGUCAAGUCUUGCGUCUUCCGAAACAUGACCCGCCAAACCGUGCUCCUUAACACCCGCCCGCUUAACCCGGAAGCCAGCCGCUCCAAUGUGUCGGAGGAAACACAGUUCAACUGAUGACCGAAGUCAGCCUGCAGGCACCCGGCCUGCCACAAUAAGUCGCUAGAGCGCGAUGAGCCAAGUAAAGCCCCUUCGGCCAAACCCUCCCCUAACCUGCACGACGCUUGGCCAAUUGUGCACCGCCCUAUGGGACUCCCGGUCACGGCCGGUUGUGACACAGCCUGGGAUCGAACUCGGGUCUGUAGUGACGCCUCAAGCACUGCAAUGCUGUGCCUUAGACCGCUGCGCCACUCGGGAGGCGCAUUUGGGUAUUUUAAAUGUCACCCUACCCCUCACCUGUUAUUUUUAAAAAUGACUGUCAAAUUUUGCACGUUUAUAUCGUACUCUUAUGGCUUUUCCCACAGUUCUCUCCAUUCAACCAGACAGUGUUGGCCUCGUGUUCCUAUGACUUCACAGUCAGGUAAGACAUUCUAAUCAUGAUUCUGUAAUUCUUGUUCAGCUUGUAAUGCACACUGAGCCAUAAUAUCCCACUGAAUGAACAAUGUUUAAAGACAAAUGCCGCAUUAAAACAAGAUUUCAUUUGUGACACACAUUCAACUAUGCAGUGUCAGACCUUUACUAAAACCCAUUGGAGUCAGUGAAGCGUGAUCACUAGAUGAUACUGUUUCCUGGAAGAAGGGCAAUCUCCUGGAACUAUUUUUUUUUAAAUUACCUCCAGGAACACUCGUGUUUGAGGGGUCUGUAGAAAUAUGUGUAAAAUAUGCAUGCAAGCAAUGGGAAGACCAACUACAAUCGUACUAUGUUGAGUAGGGUCAUAAAAUCUGUAAUUUCAAGGUAGACUGGUUUAUUGUUAUUUGGCAAUGCAUAUUCUCAGUCUCAGAGUUUGAAUAUGUGAGCCUAAUUCCCAAACAAUGCAGUCAGUCAAGGGUGAGUUGUUUAGUGUCAUGCCUCCACCAACAGAACCCCACAUAAUCAGAGCAGGCAUCCCCAGUGCAGCAACAACAUGCUAGUCAAUCAUGACCCAUAAAUCACUUUUGUGUACCCUGUCGUCUUUUAGAAUCAUUCCUUGAGACAGAAUUAAAAUCAUCCUAUGCUAUUCUGUACUGAGAUCUUAUUCUAUUCCUCCCGUUUUUUCCAACCUUAGAUCUAUUUGAAUAAUGGCAAUGAUGCCUGUUGAGGUUGAUACAGAAAGUUGGGUUUUAAGGUACCCAAGCUGUCUCCUGUUCACAAAGUAAUGCGUCUGUAUCGGCCAUUAAGAUCUAGGUAUCGCUGGUCGUCCAAAGGGAGGGAAGGUUGUCUUGUAGGGAUGGGGGGAAAAAAUCGAUACAUUUUACAUAUCGGGAUAUUAUUUGUAAUUAUAUUUCGUAUCGUUUGGACUAUCGCAAUAUUAUUUUUGCGCUAGUUGGCUGUACCUGCACCAAAGCUCAUACUAUAUUUCCCUCAUAGCUUGUUCUCCAUCUUUUUUUAAAUAUGGAGCCAAUUUGUUGUCUCCACUUUUAUUUCCAUGUCUGAUCAAAACUUGUUUUCUCAUGGCUCUCUCUUGUCCUUCUGCAGCAGACAUAUGGUGAGCAAUAUGUUUGGAACAUCGAAUCGCAUUAAAAUCACAAUACAUAUAGAAUUGUGAGAAUCGCAUUCGGAAAGUAUUCAGACCCCUUGACUUUUUCCCCAUUUUGUUACGUUACAGCCUUAUUCUAAAAUUGAUUAAAUCGUUUUUUUCCCCUCAUCAAUCUACACACAAUACCCCAUAAUGACAAAGCAAAAACAGGUUUUUAGAACUUUUUGCAAAAAAACAGAGGAAAAAAAUAACUGAAAUAUGACAUUUUCAUAAGUAUUCAGACCCUAUACUUUGUUGAAGCACCUUUGGCAGCGAUUACAGCCUAGAGUCUUCUUGGGUAUGACGCUACAAGCUUGGCACACCUUUAUUUGGGGGAGUUUCUCCCAUUCUUCUCUGCAGAUCCUCUCAAGCUCUGUCAGGUUGGAUGGGGAGCGUCGCUGCACAGCUAUUUUCAGGUCUCUCCAGAGAUGUUCGAUCGGGUUCAAGUCCGGGCUCUGGCUGGGCCACUCAAGGACAUUCAGAGACUUGUCCCGAAGCCACUCCUGCGUUGUCUUGGCUGUGUGCUUAGGGUCGUUGUCCUAUUGGAAGGUGAACCUUCGCCCCAGUUUCAGGUCCUGAGCGCUCUUUAGCAGGUUUUCAUCAAGGAUCUCUCUGUACUUUGCUCCGCUCAUCUUUCCCUCGAUCCUGACUAGUCUCCCAGUCCCUGCCGCUGAAAAAUAUCCCCACAGCAUGAUGCUGCCACCACCAUGCUUCACCAUAGGGAUGGUGCCAAGUUUCCUCCAGACGUGACGCUUGGCAUUCAGGCCAAAGAGUUCAAUCUUGGUUUCAUAAGACCAGAUAAUCUUGUUUCUCAUGGUCUGAGAGUCCUUUAGGUGCCUUUUGGCAAACUCCAAGCGGGUCAUGUGCCUUUUACUAAGGAGUGGCUUCCGUCUGGCCACUCUACCAUAAAGGCCUGAUUGGUGGAGUGCUGCAGAGAUGGUUGUCCUUCUGGAAGGUUCUCCCAUCUCCACAGAGGAACUCUGGAGCUCUUUCAGAGUGACCAUCGGGUUCUUGGUCACCUCCCUGACCAAGGCCCUUCUCCCCCGAUUGCUCAGUUUGGAAGAGUCUUGGUGGUUCCAAACUUCUUCCAUUUAAGAAUGAUGGAGGCCACUGUGUUCUUGGGGUCCUUCAACGCUGCAGACAUUUUUUGGUACCCUUCCCCAGAUCUGUGCCUGGACACAAUCCUGUCUCGGAGCUCUACUGACAAUUAUUUCGACCUCAUGGCUUGGUUUUUGCGCUGACAUGCACUGUCAACUGUGGGACCUUAUAUAGACAGGUGUGUGCCUUACCAAAUCAUGUCCAAUCAAUUGAAUUUACCACAGGUGGACUCCAAUCAAGAUGUAGAAACAUCUCAAGGAUGAUCAAUGGAAACAGGAUGCACCUGAGCUCAAUUUCGAGUCUCAUAGCAAAGGGUCUGAAUACUUAUGUAAAUAAGGUAUUUCCGUGCUUUGAUAUUAUGGAGUAUUGCACUGUAUGUGUUCCAUAGAAAUGGCUUUGGGCAGUAGAAGUGUUUUGCUUUGAAUAGACCACCUAUUCAUUAUAGAAUGUCUAGAGUUUUUAUUUAUUUUUUAUUUUUUUAUUUUUUUUACCACAUGAAUGUCAUUAUGCGGUAUUGUGUGUAGAUUAAUGAGGGGGAAAAAAUAUUUAAAUUUUUUUCGAAUAAGGCUGUAACGUAACAAAAUGUGGAGAAAGGGAAGGGAUCUCAGUACUUUCCGAAUGCACUGUAUCGUAUCGGCACCUAAGUAUCGUGAUCGUAUAGUGAGGUCCCUGGCAAUUCCCAGCCCUAUUGUCUUGUGUAUCUGGUGGGGAAAAGUUGUAUUGUCACAUACACUGCAGUGAAAUGUGUUGUUUUACAGGGUCAGCCAUUGUAGUAUGGCACGGUAGUGGAACAAAGUAGGGUUAAGUGCCUUGCUCAAGGGCACAUCGACAGAGUUUUCACGUUGUCGGCUCGGGUAUUCGAAACAGCAACCUUUCGAUUACUGGCCCAAUGCUCUAACCGCUAGGCUACCUGCCGCCGUGUACAGUGCAGUGUUCAGUGGGCUGGUUGGCUGGUUGGCUGCUGAGGUUUGGACCAGCGCCAGCCUGACUUUUAUUGAUCUGGUCUGGGCCAAGACUGCCUUGGUUAAUUCAGGCAGAUUACUGUGGUGGUGUAUUUCAUUACAAAAAUCACUCUAACUCUCCCUCACUACACAAAUACAUUUUAUGCGACACCAGUCUUCUUCAUGCCCAUCCAAAACCAGCCUUAACUUGUUGUUUGAUGUCCGAAUCGAGUCAAUUGCUCUCGUGUGAAAAAACAAAAACAAAACAUUUUUUGGGGGGUGGAGGAUAAACACAGUUUUUCUCUCUCUCUGAUUGUGUGGAAAACUUGGUCUCUUUGUUGACGACUUGGUUGCAUCUGUCUGACAGAAAGUUAUGCCAUGUUACUCAAGUGCCCUUAGGUAAAACAUAAGUAACACACUUGCCACUGAUCGGGCUUACCAAAUAAAAACUUCCCACCCAGGAAUUAGUCAUUUUUGGGAGGUUUUCUUCAGUAUGCCAUCACUGGAUUACUGUCAUACUGUUUGGUGAAGGCCUACCUGAACUACACUCUAAAAAGUAAAGGUUCCUGGAGGAUCCUUUAGGGGUUCUUCAAAUUGAAACUGUGGGGGAACCCCUAUAAGUUAUUGAGAGUGUGGACAGGUGUCUUUUAUACAGGUAACGAGUUCAAACAGGUGCAGUUAAUACAGGUAAUGAGUGGAGAACAGGAGGGCUUCUUAAAGAAAAACUAACAGGUCUGUGAGAGCCGGAAUUCUUACUUGUUGGUAGGUGAUCAAAUACUUAUGUCAUGCAAUAAAAUGCAAAUUAAUUACUUAAAAAUCAUACAAUGUGAUUUCCUGGAUUUUAGUUUUAGAUUCCGUCUCUCACAGUUGAAGUGUACCUAUGAUAAAAAUUACAGACCUCUACAUGCUUUGUAAGUAGGAAAACCUGCAAAAUCGGCAUUGUAUCAAAUACUUGUUCUCCCCACUGUAUGCACGCAACACUUUUCCGUAGUUUAUUUUUUCGAUUUUUUUUUAACAAGUUAUUUUUUCAUUUCACUUCACCAAUUUCGACUAUUUUGUGUAUGUCCAUUACAUGAAAUCCAAAUAAAAAUCUAUUUAAAUGACAGUUUGUAAUGCAACAAAUAGGAAAAACGCCAAGGGGGAUGAAUACUUUUGCAAGGCACUGUACAUAUUCUUAACUCUUUGUUGAUUGAUAUCCAUUGAAUUGUAUCCAUUUUCUGUUUUAGAAAGAUUUGCACAAAUAUGAAAAGAUAGAUGGUAUCAUCAUAAAACAAUAUCAAUUUAGAUCAUACAAGGGACAAACCUUACCUUUAAAUUUAAGAGAUCUUGACAUUUGUCAGUUAAGUGCCUGCACCUGCAGUCCUUUCAAAUUCAAAUCCAAAUGUUUAGGUUGGGCAGUUAGGUUCCUGCAAGAACCCCACCAACUAUUGAGGUUCCUCGAUGAACCCCACCUCCUAUGCGGUUCUUGGAAGAACCUUUUGGGGGCAAUUUUCAGUGCCAAGAACCCUAAGGUUCUUCAAAGAACUUUGAGGAUCUUAGAAGAACCCUUGUUGAACCCCUAAACUAUUCUGUCUGCUAUUCACUCUUCACUUCCCUUGACUUGGCUUUUUGUUUCCGAUGUCACGUGAAAGUCAGUGGCUAUGGGAAAGCCCCUCCAUAUUUGAUUACCCCUUGUCCCACACUGGUGCCUCUGUGCUCCUAUAGCUCUAGACACACAGAGCAGGAUCAUGAGUCUCUCACUGAAUUUCAGUCUCAAGACUCAGUUAUAAUAAUUAGGUCAUUCCACCAAUUCGGUGCCUUUUGAGAAUUGUAACUUUGUCCAAAUAAACUUUAGAUUUCACCUAAUUUUUACAUUCUGUCAUAAAGAGCGCAUGUUUAACUUACUAAAAAACACUUUUUCCCAUCUCAAGAGGUUAUAGAAAAAAAAUUCCAGUAAGUGCCAAAUAAAGUAACAGUGUUGACAGUAACAGAGUUGAUGAUUUCUUCUUAAAUCAGCCAUAAAUCCCAUUGUGACAAGGGGAAUGGAAGCUUAUUGUGUGCAACGUGGAGUGGCAAUUGAAUGCAAGCUUGACAAAAAAAAGUUCAAAACAAUUUUUUGCCUGUCUAUCUAUGGGUAACAGAGUUGUGUUAUGCUCGACCCACUCAGUUUUCCACCACAAAAUACCAGAACAUGGCCAAAAAACGGUAGAACCAGCUCACCUGCUUUUACACUAUGAUUUGACUAUUAGAGGUUCAAUGUUUUUUUUGUUUUUUUAAGGAAUCGUUUCACCAUAUUCAAUCGAAAAUUAAGUUCCUUAAAAUGAGGGACAGACGUAAAUUAAUCACUAAUCACAUGAAAUAAAUAAGCAUCUCCAGAAAUGACUUUGUCAAAGCAACAAAAUAACAAUUUACAAUGAUGGUAAAACUUGGAGCAUUUUGAGAUUGUGGUUUAAAAUCUUCCUAGAAGUGACACAUGGUUGGGGGACAUGUCAAAAUGCAGAAUUUUGGCACUUUACCAAGCCUUUAUUCAUAUUACAAAUCCGAUUCAUAGAAUCUUCCAUAUUGUCUAUAUUAAAAGGCACUUCAUUUAAUAUAACAGGCUUUUAAAAUGCAAUAUGGUGCACAAUUUCUACUUAAAAUAUCAAAGGGCACUUUUUUUGUGUAACAACCCAAUUGUGUUGUGCUGGCCUGUACACGUGUGGGAGAAAUUAUCAGUUAUCAUUCAGAUUUAUAUAUGAUAUGGGUUACUGACCGGAUAUUUAACCAGAAUUGUCAGUGUAACUCAAGACCACGUUAGCCUACAGAGCUAAUAGCCUAAGUCUACGUACAUAUGACUGGGUAAACUCAUAGAUCAAUACUGUUUAAUGCAGAGCGUGUUAAGCCAUGGGAACAUGCUGUUGUGUCAUAUUCAGGGAAGAAACCAGGUAAUUAUUUCUGGCACUGCACUGCAUCGAUCACCUAUACUUUAAAGGUAAUUAACAGAAAUGAUUUUCCUUAGAACGUCAUCGCACUGCUGAACAAAAGGUUUGUUUUGCUAUAGAUUAAAAAAACACGGCCAUGCCUUGUGUGUCAUGUAUGUACUGUCCAUUCAUUACAGGCAUGGGACUGGGUAGAGGCGGUGGCACCUGUUGUAACGUAGACCUCAUCCCAGGCCUCUGUUUACUCACCACAAGUCAUGUUUGGGUGUCUUUAGAAUUCUGCCAGGUCCUGGUGUUUACAUGAGAUUAGGUGUCCUGUUUGACUCACAGCAUUAGGUGAGGUAGGGUUGCCAUGGUGGGCUCUGUUCAUUCAGGAGUGUUGGGACAGAAGGUAAAUGAUGCGCUGGCCGCUGCCUCCUGUUAUUGUAGGGCUAAUUAGAGCAGGAUAUUGCCUCACCUGAAUUAGCCUGAACGCUGGCUGGAUAUUGUGGGAGGAACGAGAAGGAGAGCCAUCUACAGUACCUGAGCUAGAGCGCGUCGCCACUGGGCCUGGAUCUGACUAACUGUUUGUUCCCACAGAAACGUAAUGAGUGUGAGUUAUGAAGAUGGAUCGUGUCGUCUUUUGAGUCCUACUGACACUACUCUCUUGAAGUGAAUGGGGUGGUACACCUGCUCGUCGAACAUUUCAUUCCAAAAUCAUGGGCAUUAAUAUGGAGUUGGCCCCCUCUCUGCUGCUAUAACAGCCUGCACUCUGCUGGGAAGGCUUUCCACUAGAUGUUGUAACAUUGUUGCAGGGACUUGCUUCACUUCAGCCACAAGAGCAUUAAUGAGGUCGGGAACUGAUGUCGGGCGAUUAGGCCUGGCUCGCAGUCGGUGUUCCAAUUCAUUCCAAAAGUGUUUGAUGGGGUUAAGGUCAGGGCUCUGUGCAGGCCAGUCAAGUUCUUCCACACUGAUCUCGACAAACCAUUUCUGUAUGGACCUCACUUUGUGCACAGGGGCAUUGUCAUGCUGAAACAGGAAAGGGUCUUCCCCAAACUGUUGCCACAAAGUUGGAAGCACAGAAUCGUCUAGAAUGUCAUUGUAUGCUGUAGCGUUAAGAUUCCCUUCACUGGAACUAAGGGGCCUAGCCCGAACCAUGAAAAACAGCCCCAGACCAUUAUUCCUACUCCACCAAACUUUACAGUUGGCACUAUGCAUUCGGGCACGUAGCUUUCUCCUGGCAUCCGCCAAACCCAUAUUCAUCCGUCGGACUGCCAGAUGGUGAAGAGUGAUUCCUCACUCCAGAGAACGCGUUUCCACUGCUCUUAGGCUUGUGUGCGGCUGCUCGGCCAUGGAAACUCAUUUCAUGAAGCUCCCGACAAACAGUUCUUGUGCUGACGUUGCUUUCAGAGGAAGUUUGGAACUCGGUAGUGAGUGUUGCAACCGAAGACAGACGAUUUUUACGCGCUACGCUCUUCAGCACACGGCAGUCCCGUUCUGUGAGCUUGUGUGGCCUACCACUUCGCGACUGAGCCGUUGUUGCUCCUAGACGUUUCCACUUCACAAUAACAGCACUUACAGUUGACCGGGGCAGCUCUAGCAGGGCAGAAAUUUGAUGAACUGACUUGUUGGAAAGGUGGCAUCCUAUGACGGUGCCACGUUGAAAGUCACUGAGCUCUUGAGUAAGGCCAUUCUACUGCCAAUGUUUGUCUAUGGAGAUUGCAUGGCUGUGUGCUCGAUUUUAUACACCUGUCAGCAACGGGUGUGGCUGAAAUAGCCGAAUCCACUAAUUUGAAAGGGUGUCCACAUACUUUUGUAAAUAUAGUGUACGUACUGUAGACACUAAAAGGCGGAAGCCUUGUUCUCUUUGUGGAUCUGUUUUAUUCUUCUGUUGAACACCGAUCUAUCAUUUAGACUAGAGAACACUCAACACAUAUUUUAUUUUCCGAGGCUAAUUUCCAAGUUUGUUUUCAUCAUCCGCAUUGUUUUCACAAACCUCUUAUUUCCUUUGACUCUAAUGCUCUAAGUGUAUUCUCUCUUGAAUGCAAUCCUACCUGUUAACAUCCAAUGGGCUCCAGUCCCACAGUGCAGUUACAGUAUGGGAGAGGCCUAGUGCUGAUUGACACUAACAGCUCUCUUUCUAUAAUAACUCUAAAUGACUGACUCCCCUGGCACACAUAAAUAGGCCCGGAGUAUUUUCAAAAGAACUAAUUUAAUUACAUUUGCUAAGUGGAUCAGUCUGGUGUGCGCUGCGUCAGGGCUUUGAGCCAUCGCCCCGGCCGUCAGAAGGGGAAUGAGGGAGAAACGGCCUUUCAAUUAGUGUGAUUGCCUCAUGUUGUGUUGGGCUGCGUCUGCUUCCACAGGCUCUGGGACUACUCCAGGACAGAGCAGCCGCUGCUGGAGACGCUGGAGCACCACUCAGAGUUCGUCUGUGGCCUGGACUUCAACCUGCACAUCCCCAACCAGGUAACACAUACCUGUCUGUCUCAGUAUCGUUUAACUAUCAUCUCACUGGCCCAUGCAUUUAUCUCAGCCACAGGGCUCAGCCAUUGGACCCAACCUCUGUGGAAAAAAUCGCUACUAGAGGUUCCGAUGCAGCGACGUAACACCACAGCGGACACUUACCCCUUAGAGAAAAACUCUAGGCCCAGCACUUUCACUUAGAGAAAAACUCUCAAACACUACUUCUGCCUUUUCCUGAGGUAUAUGUUGUACUGAAGAAAACUGUUGCGUAGAGUAAAUGUAUCCUUAUACAGUACACUGCAAUGCAGUUCUAUCUAUCAGUCUGUCUUACAGUAGCCAGCAUCCAUGAAUUAAAUUCUCCAGUCACAUUCUCCCUCACAAAUUGUUUGAUAUCAGUCCAGCUAUCAAUAUAGCAGAGGAACCAUAUAAUUGAAAACAUCACUCUCACGUCUUCUUAUUACUACUCCGUACCUAGCCUCUAGUGUUGGGUCUCUCAUGGCUGUUUACAUUGUUCAGCCUGAGAGGACUGGAAAAAUAGACUGAUAGGAUGUAAUAAGCUCUAUUGUAAAGGCUAGUCAUUACUGGGGAUGUCAUUAUUCACAUGACGCUGAUAGCCUGCCUGUAUUAUUCUCUGGAAAAAGCCUGUCACGCACAAUCUGGCGUAAAUACGACUGUGGGUGUGCAGUGUCCACGGAGGAUGGGGAUCUACACAAACCGAACAAACACACAUUCCUGGAAACUUUUGAAGUUUACCAGUAAACUACCAGAAUUCGGGUAUCUUUCAAGGAUUUGAUGUAAUCUAUCACAAUACAUCUAUAUUUAGGAUCAUGUUUUACAGCUUUGUCAUUCUUUAUUUUUUCUUAUUUAAUUAUUUCAUAUAUUUGAUAUGUGAUAAAGCCACACAGAGGGCCAGAGAUUAUUACAGACACCUGUGGUCAUCUGAAAUACCCAAAAGGGCCACUUGAUAUCUUGUGAUAACUUUGAAAGUUUCCAGGAAUGUGAUCAUCUGAAGUACCCUAAAGGGCCACUAGAUGUCUUGUGAUAACUUUGAAAGUUUCCAGGAAUGUGUGUUUGUUCGGUUUGUGUAGAUCCCCAUCCUCCGUGGACACUGCACACCCACAGUCGUAUUUACGCCAGAUUGUGUGUGACAGGCUUUUUCCAGAGAAUAUAUAUAUAUUUAGUUGUUGGCUGCUAGUUGUUGGCUGCUUUUCCUUCACUCUGUGGUCCGACUCAUCCCAAACCAUCUCAAUUGGGUUGAGGUCGGGUGAUUGUGGAGGCCAGGUCAUCUGAUGCAGCACUCCAUCACUCUCCUUCUUGGUAAAAUAGCCCUUACACAGCCUGGAGGUGUGUUUUGGGUCAUUGUCCUGUUGAAAAACAAAUGAUAGUCCCACUAAGCGCGAACCAGAUGUGAUGGCGUAUUGCUGCAGAAUGCUGUGGUAGCCAUGCUGGUUAAGUGUGCCUUGAAUUCUAAAUAAAUCACAGACAAUGUCACCAGCAAAGCACCAUCACACCUCCUCCUCCAUGCUUCACGGUGGGAACCACACAUGCAGAGAUCAUCCGUUCACCCACACCGCCUCUCACAAAGACACGGCGGUUGGAACCAAAAAUCUCACAUUUCGAUUCCAGACCAAAGGACACAUUUCCACCGGUCUAAUGUCCAUUGCUCAUGUUUCUUGGCCCAAGCAAGUCUCUUAUUAUUAUUGGUGUCCUUUAGUAGUGGUUUCUUUGCAGCAAUUCGACCAUGAAGGCCUGAUUCACACGGUCUCCUCUGAACAGUUGAUGUUGGGAUGUGUCUGUUACUUGAACUCUGUGAAGCAUUUAUUUGGGCUGCAAUUUCUGAGGCUGGUAACUCUAAUGAACGUAUCCUCUGCAGCAGAGGUAACUCUGGGUCUUCCUCAUGAGAGCCAGUUUCAUCAUAACGCUUGAUGGUUUUUGUGACUGUACUUGAAGAAACUUUCAAAGUUCUUGAUUCCAUAUGUGUUAUUUCAUAGUCAUCUGGCUUCUUCACCUGCGGGAUCGUCUGAGGGGGGUGGGGGUGGGGGGUGGGGGAUGCUGAGGAGUAUUUCUGUCUGUAAUAAAGCCCUUUUGUGGGGAAAAACUCAUUCUCAUUGGCUGUGCCUGGCUCCCCAGUGGGUGGGCCUAUGCCCUGCAAGGCCCCACCCAUGGCUGCACCCCUGCCCAGUCAUGUGAAAUCUGUAGAUUAGGGCCUAAUGAAUUUAUUUAAAUUGACUGAUUUCCUUAUAUGAACGAUAACUCUUUUAAAAUCUUUUAAAUUGUUGCAUGUUGCGUUUAUAUUUUUGUUCAGUAUAUUAUAGUACAAAUUAAAAUAAAUUUAAAAAAUCUACUUAGUGAAUACCAUUGGUGUUUAUGAGGGUUUCACCAUGAAAUGGCCUUAAUAUAUUUUUUUUUACAUACUUCGAUUUAUUUUACUAUGUCAAUGUGUUCAAUGUUUUGGCGUCAAACUGGUGCCAGUUGUGAACACAGUCAAUAGUUGGAAGAGCUGCAGAGUUCAUUGAAAAUAAUGCGAUUGUUGAUUAGAUGCUUUUUUUAUUAAUUAGGCUAUUUUCUCGUGAACCAUAUGGUCUAUCUACUAGAAAAAGUUAGUCAAGUAUAAAUUACCAAAGUUACGAUAAACGAUUGUCAUACAUUUUCUGUUAAUUACCAAAUUUCCUGAAGAUUCUGGUAACUUUAGUAAAUUACCAGUAGCUUUGUAACCUUACACACACACAGGGGCCUGCCUGUGGUGCAGUAUGCAGGGUCUGGACUGUGGGGAGUUCACAGUCAGGCCUGACGUCAGCACUCAGAGUGAUGGAUGAAAGACAGCAGGUCAGAACUGUCAAUGAGACAUCACAGCCAGGCUGUGACUCAGAUAACAGCAAUCAACUACUGCACAGUUCACUUCUCCACCUACUUCACACUAAUACAGGAUACCUCAACUGUGCAUAUAUUAGUAAAGGAAUUAGACUAAGACUUCUAUAUUUUAAAAGUUUGUGUCAGCAUAUCCUUUUGGAUUACCUUGAGGAUAAUCUUGAGGAGCCAAGCAAAAGGUAUUUUUUCCCUUCUGGCAGAAGUAGAUUUCGUAGAAAAGUAGAUCGCGUUUAACAUUCCUUUUUUAAGCAGUGGGAAUGGCAUCUCAGUCAUCCAUUUAGGUCUUGCACUUUACAUAAUUUCAGUUACCCGUAAAGUUUGUAAAUGUAAACACUUUUUUAAGGAUAUGCCUGCACUUGGAACAGUAAUCAAAAUUACUCAGAUGCCUUGCUUCUAAUUGUUUUCAAUGAUGACGUCCCCCGAGCCAAACUCGUCUGGGGGCUGAAAAUCUCUUUCUGGCAGAUGUGUGCCAGUUGCACAUCUACGGCUGCCAAUGGAAGUCGUGCCUACCCAGCGCAGCUAUACAAAAGCUUGCUUGGCACUCCAACCAAUUUGUUGGGGUAAGUGUGUUUUUUCAACCAUACAUUCUUCCUAAUUUACUCUGUCAGGCGCAGGUUUGUCUGUUGCCAACCUGCGGGGGUGCAGAAGGGUACGGUUACCUGUGCCAGGAAGAGGGGGCAUGCAGUAUUGAGCCGGGGAAAAACUCCUACAGCAAUGUUUCUCCCCCCCCCAUCAGUGGAGAGAAUAAACCGCAGGCUAACGCACAUAGCCGCCAAACCUCUAUCUCAACAUGCCAAGAAGAGACAGCCUUUACACACCCCACUACCCUCUCCAGUCUCCACAUGACUGGAAGUCUCCUACAGUACAGCCCCCAACCUUAUCCCUCUAUGAACAUACAGCGUGUCACUGCCCACCCACCAUCCCCUUGCCCUCUCCCCAGCUAAUGUGCAGAGUGGUCCCCCUCCCUCCCCCAAGGCAAUGCUGCAUGCAGUCACACGUGUCUGAUUGAUCUCCAGGUUGUGCUAGCCUCUGACCAGCUUAUAGUCGUUGUGCUGUGAAGCACACCACACCACACAGCACAACAGCCUCCCCUACAUAGACCCUCCAAACUGCAGCAAUUACAUGUUAACAAGUCCUUACGGAAGAGCAAAGUUAAGCUGCUUGGAAUGCAGGCUGGGGUAAUACAUCACAGAGGGGAGAAUAUGACAGCUAUUCUAACAGAGGAAAUUCAGGGAGAGCCUCUCAUAGUUUUCGUCCCUUAAAAUAGUUUGGAGAAAUCCGGUUUUGGAGAAAGUUGAAGUAUGGGAUUGGACCGCUCCGCUCUCUGCCACCCAGCAGGGACUGGGGACAGGGACACCCCUCAGGGGUCAUUCUUCUUCCUCUUCCUCCUUUACCCUCCAGACUGCUGCAGCGCUGGCUUUCACUUUAUGUUUUGCAGUAAAGUAAUUAAUGGAGGCCAUUUUUUCCUUCAAUGGCUGAGUCACGGGCUGGUCUGCUUGGCAGUGAGGCAGAUUCUCCUCUCUGUAGUACUCAAGAAUAAUGAAUUCCCCCCUCCCACCAAGAUACGGAGAGGAGAGGAAAGAGCUAAAUGAAGUAUGGAGCUCUAUUGGAGACAUAUUUCUUCAGGGCUAAAUCAUACUGGCAGAAUUCUAUAGCACCAUGUUUGUUAUUUUAUGACCCUCCAUACUUCAUUGUUCAUCAAAUAUAUGUUUUUCUUUAUUUUUACUAUUUUCUACAUUGUAGAAUAAUAGUGAAGACAUCAAAACUAUGAAAUAACACAUAUGGAAUCAUGUAGGAACCAAAAAAGUGUUAAACAAAUCAGCUUUGCACACUCUUGGCAUUCUCUCAACCAGCUUCAUGAGGUAGUCACCUGGAAUGCAUUUCAAUUAACAGGUGUGCGUUCUUAAAAGUUAAUUUGUGGAAUUCCUUUCCUUCUUAAUGCGUUUGAGCCAAUCAGUUGUAUUGUGACAAGGUACGGUUGGUAUACAGAAGAUAGCCCUAUUUGGUAAAAGACCAAGUCCAUAUUAUGGCAAGAAUAGCUCAAAUAAGCAAAGUGAAACGACAGUCCAUCAUUACUUUAAGACAUGAAGGUCAGUCAAUACGGGUAAUUUCAAGAACUUUGAAAGUUUCUUCAAGUGCAGUCGCAAAAACCAUCAAGCGCUAUGAUGAAACUGGCUCUCAUGAGGACCGCCACAGGAAUGGAAGACCCAGAGUUCAUUAGAGUUACCAGCCUCAGAAAUUGCAACCCAAAUAAAUGCUUCACAGAGUUCAAGCAACAGACACAUCUCAACAUCAACUGUUCAGAGGGGACUGUGUGAAUCAGGCCUUCAUGGUCGAUUUGCUGCAAAGAAACCACUGCUAAAGGACACAAAUAUGAAGAAGAGACCUGCUUGGGCCAAGAAACGUGAGCAAUGGACAUUAGACCAGUGGAAAUCUGUCCUUUGGUCUGCGUGAAGACUUUUGACUGCUGUGACAUGGAGCUUUUUGUCUUUGGAGCUAAAAAGCCCUGAUCAAUUUGCCAUGCUAUUGAAUAGCAUUUUCAUUGUCUUUAAAAAGACUAAAUGAAAGUGGACAGUGUGUAAUUGAGUUGAUAACCAUGACAUUCUGUACUUCUGAUAAGAGUUCAAACUAAUAACGAACCCCACUAAGGCUCAAAAACAUAUUUGUCUCCACAUUGUUGAAAAUACACUUUGAUGCCUUUGAGGCUUCAAAGCAAUGACUCUGCUUGAAUUGUCAAUCUCCACCCAGACACUGUAACUGCAGUAUAUAGAAUAAUAUUGAAAAUGUCUAAACAGUGUGUGCAAUUCUGUCUGAACAACAAAAAUAUGUGUCCUAACACUAAGACACUAUAAAAUGUUCAAUGCUAUUAUAGGAACAGCGGACAAUUGUGUACCAAAACUACCCUCAACGCUUCCCAUCCAGCUCUGAAAUCCCACCCAUUGUAUGAAUGUGACCGACCAUACAACAAGUCACAUGCAUCCUAAUAUAUCAUAGUCCUCUGUCUGACACCAGUUUGAAACCCAACAAAUAUUUAUUUUCUUGUCAUGUGAAAUCACAUGAGGACCUCAUCUCCAUCACUCGGUCACGUGGAGUCUCAUUUUGAUUAGUGCAAUCUGUCUUUGUGUCCACAGGUGGUGGACUGCUCCUGGGAUGAGACUGUAAAAAUCUACACACCUCCAUGCCUGGCUGCCCCGCCGCCUAGCGCACCGUAGAGAGCUCAUAAUUGCCCUGCCGCAAGGAACGGGAGAGAGGACUUUUAGGACGGCGGUGGGUUACGAUCACUGCCGUGGCGUUUGCCAAAGCUUCACUGCGGCUUUCAUAAUGAUGCUAUUAAAAGGGGGGCCGUAGGGACACGUCAUCAUAGCCCACACACACAACAGAGUCCGAAUACAGAUGGGAUAGCAGGGAUUCCUCCCCAUCUGGCCAUCAGAGAGAGAGAUAUGGGGAUCUGAAGGUUGCUCAACCAAACACGUGCCAACAAAGUGCCUGAUGAUCUGCUGUUUGUCCUUGUUGUUGGUAGAAUGCUUGUCCUUAUUGUUAGUAGAAUGUAUGCUCAUAUUGGUGUAUUUAGUGAUUUUUACAGAUUUAGUAAGUGGUUGAAAUUAUUUGAUUAUUUACUUAAUUUCUCUGGGUCCUCUACCAAGGAGGACUAGAAUUAACAAACCUGUCCAUAUAGCUCAACACACAGGCUUGAACUCUAUCGAUGAUCUUGUCAGACUUUCCAUUGCAUUAAAAUGUUCAUUCUACGGAUAUGAAAGUAAAUGUCAUGAAUCUGACAGGUUCUCUGUGCCCUGGUGGUGAGGGGAGAGAGCCAUCAUUUAGCCCUCAGAUAUCCCAGCUUUAUGCUGCUUAAUGCGUAUGAGUUACGCUGCUGAGGCCUGAACCAAAUGUUCUCUGGAGACCGUUUUUCUUUUUCUGUGUGAGUAAAUUUCAUAAUAAAAGUGACUGCACACAUACUCUGCGGGCACUCUGUCCCUUUCAAUGUCUUACAUGAAGCAGAGUCACUGGAUAGCUGUCUGGCAUUGCACUGAUCUGAAAUAGGCUCCUAAUUUGCUCUAACUCUCUUGGAUUUAGUAUUUUACCAUCUUCUUUGCAAUUGCUUCUUUUUUUACAUAUAGACUAAAUUAAUUGUCUUUCACCACUUUAUUCUGUUGCCUAUAGGCCUAUGUUUGUUUGUUUUAGUUUCUUUAUGUUUGUCUUAUCAAGAUUUGCUUAGCGCUAUGGACUAAAUGUCAAUCACACAGGAUGCAUUCGUAUCACUCUUAAUUCCUAGAGGCGAUAUGGGAAAACUAACAGGGGAAAUAUUAUAUAAACAGAAUGUGCCUUUCUUUGCUUAAAAUGUGAAAUAAUCAUGAAACAUACUAAUUAUUAUUGUUAAUAUUUUUGUAAUGCCUAUUGUAUUUUAAUGAUACUCCAUCAUUUUGAUUUUUCACACUGGAAGCUGAAUUGUCGUGGGAAACAUCAAUCUACAGAGAUAGUUAAUAAAGACAUCGGAGACAGUAAUGCGUGGUUGAGAUAACACUAUAGAGAGGGUUCCCCUCAAAGCUGUAUGUCCCUUGAAGAAAAUUAACUGGGUCCAUG